AUGAAAGACACCUUCGAUAUAAUCGAGAACCCUGCUCCUACUAGCCACCUUUGGAAACAAUGGAAACAUUUGGUCGAUACUGAGGGAUGGACAUCGGAUGACAAUUCGGUAACCGGUCUUGUUCCAUCUCUGAAGACUACCCGAAGUGUUUGGGCGGUUUCGAAAACACCAGAGCAAAAUCUGGUGGGCAGUGUUGUCUGGAAUGAGUACGAUGACAUUUGCUGGCUGGGAUUCUACCUCCUGUCCCCAGAAUACCGAGGCAAGGGAAUUGGAUCUGUGAUCUGGGCGAGAGCCAUGUCCAGAAUCCGGAAGGAUUUGGUUCUGGCGUUGAGAGGAGUGGUAAAAAUGGCGCCAAAAUACAAGUCUCAAGACACCCCAGUAGACGGAGCACUGCUUGAGAACUACCGAUUGAGCUCCAAGGAUUUUCAUGAUGUGAUGAAAAGUUAUAAAACUCUUGAAUUGACCCAAAAAUGUGUUCGUGACCUCUCUGGAGACGAUUGGCAGAAAUUCUUGAACUACGACCAAAGUGUAACCGGCAGAGAUCGUCAUGAAUUCUUGGAGACUUAUUACAAAAAGUUGGAUUACACUACUGGCUUCACGUUUUAUGACACAAUGGGAAACAUUGUUGGUGUGAUUUCAGCAGUGCCGACUGGUCAUAGAGAGAAAAACUUGUUCAAAAUCGCUCCACUGUUUGCCAACUCCGACGACAUUGCCUUCCAUGCAAUGAAAGUUUUAUCGAAUGUCAUGCUGGAGAAGCAUCCGAAUGCAACUUUGAUUUUCCAUCUCGUGGACACCCCUGAAGGAUCCUUUACAGUAUUGCACAAGUUCUUCAAGGCGUUGAACCUUACCGCGGGAAUCAGUGGAAUCACUUUAUACAGUGAUGAGUACCCACCAAAAGGGGAUUUGAAGAAGGUCUACAUCCCGUUUAAUAAUUCUUGUCAUUUCGAUUACUAG